AUGGACAUCCGCCAGCUCAUCAACGCGCCCUCCCCCCUCCCGCCAGCCGCGCGCGCAGAGACGCCCCCAUCCACGAAGCGCAAGCGCUCGCCCUCCCCGCGCCCGACCUCCGCAAAGCGCCGCCGCUCCAACAAUCCCUAUGCGCAACCUCCUCCCUGGGCCACCCGUGGGAACUGGAGCGGCAUCACCAUCCUACCCGAGAUGCCUCCCCCGCCGCGAUCCAAAGCACAAAACCAAAACCACUACCUCAAGGCCGCGGCAACAGCCACAAACGGCCACAGCACCAGCAACAACCACAGCACGCCGCAUCCCUCCACCACAGUCCGGGCACACACCCCCAACCCCUCACUCGCCUGGGAGCCCUCCAUCACAGCCAUAACGCCCUACGACGAGCUCUCCCGCCGCGUCUGCGACUUCCUCUACCCCUUCGCGAUCCAGACCUACCCAGGCGCAUCUCUCGAGAUCGAAGCAAAAAUCGGCACGCUGCUGAACCGCUACAGCCAAGAGCGGGUCGAGCUGCCCGUGCUGUGCGAAACCGUGCUCGACAGCGCGCGGGUCGACUGCACAUUCCGCAGCUCCAUGACAGAGCCGCAGCACCGGCAGAUGAACAAGUUCCUCAACGACGCCGUGGCGAGUUCGUGCGUGGCCCCCGCCGGCGGGGGAGCGCCCACCCGCGUCAAAAUCGCAUACACCCACCCCAAAGAACGCGACACCUUCCACGCCCUGACGCCCGCGGGAUUGGCGCUGCUCCCGCCCGCCCUCCGCGCCGCCGCUUCGGCCGGCCCGCACGCCCCGAAAGUGCGCCUCACGACCGACCAGAAGACGCGCAGAGUCACGGCCGCGAUCGUCAAGACGCGCCUCGGGGACCUCGACAUCCUCUCCCCCGGCACGCCGUUCGACUGCCGGGUCAGCGUCAAUCUAGAGAUGAGCUACCCGUUCACCAGUGUCGAGGAGCUGGGGCCGCCGGUCACGGAACACGACGUCGUGGUCGAGAGGCUCAAGGAUAGGAUGAGCUAUUCGCAUCUUGCGUACCGCAUUGAUCUGACGCAGGUGACGCGGCCGGGGGGGGAGGGGAAGGAGAAGGUGCAUGAGCUCGAGGUUGAGGUUGCAGGGGAGGAGUUGGGCCGCGAGGCUAGGGCGCUGGAGGAGGGGAGGGAGAGUCGGUAUGAGAUGGUUGUUAGGGGGUUUGUGGAUAAUGUUAGGGUGUUGACUAGGGCGGCGAGGGGGUAG